AUGAAGUUUUUAACUUUCUUCUCCUUUAUGGCAUGCCUUCUUUUACUCUCAGUUGCGUCUCACAAGAAGAAAUCGGCAAAAUGGUGUGCCGAGUGUGUCAACUCCAUGAAGCUUUAUGACAGAAGCGUGCCAAAGCAUUGUUUCAUUGAAUCAUCAGCUAAGAAGUGUGACUAUCAAUGCUUUGCCUACUUGUUCAUUAAUAUCACAGCUUCCCUCGUGAAGAUAACUCGAUCUUGCGUCGUUGGUUCGGACUUUGAGACCAACUUCUCUUUAGAAAGAGGUUUCUACUUUUUAAGCAACCGAAACAAAUCGCUGACCAACUGCUAUACACCAGACAAGUUGUUUAGCACCAGUAACCUCGGUGAGACUGACAUCAAGCUCUACAAGAAGGCCAUCAAGAAUUGGAAAAUGUUGGCUGAAGGUGUGGUCUGCGGAAAAUGUAGGUCUGCUCUGAAAAAGGGUGAUUCAGCUAACACCGCUCCGUGCUUCUCCAAAUCUCCGCUGACCACAUGCGCAGAGUUCUGCUACGCGUUCCUGGUCAUUUUUCGAAAUGAUUCCACGGUGGAUUUCUGGAGAGACUGUGUGGAUGAGAGGAUGAAUGACGACAAAUCAUUAGACGAAUUCAUCACUCUCUCGGCGACUUUCGAUGUGAACGAAAGCAACUGCGGAACUGCCCACCAACUUUUCAACGUCAGCCACUUGGGCACGCAAAGUUUGAACAUCUUCAAAACUUUUGCUGAUACGUGGACGGUCUCUGGUUGCGAUCCGAACUAUGAAAUCAAAGAGGAAACUAAAAUUGACGGACUGUUUUCGUGA